AUGCAUACGCCAACGAAUUACCUUUUAGCUAACAUGGCCGUUAGCGAUGUCAUUACCAUUCUGUUGUUUUCGUGUCACAAAUUCACUGCAGAUCAACUUGGACGUGUGAGUCAUAAAUUCGCUACAUUCGCUUGCAAGGCAUUUAGCAUCGUUGGAAUUUGUAUUAUGGUUUCUUCUAUUACACUCACAGUUCUCGCUUUAGAAAGAUAUCACGCCCUGCUAAAACCUUUCAGAACCGAACUGCGGUUAAGCGAGGAUAACGUCAAGAAGGCCAUCGUUUUCAUUUGGACCACGAGUGUCGUAAUUUGCUUUCCACAGUUCUUCUUUGUAGAAUGGAGCGAGGAAGACCCUUCAUGUUUUCCUCGACUCGAUAAAGAAAGCAAAAUUUAUAUACUUCUGUAUGUUUCAAUUUUCAUCAUGCAAUCGACAAUCAUGUUUUUCUGCUAUGGAUCAUUGAUAAGGGGACUUUACUUUACUACUACAAUUUGCUCAGAAAAUGAUGAAGAAGGAAACUCGGAGAAAAAGAAACUGGUUUUGACAUUUCUCCUAGCGAGUUUAGCGUUUUUGAUCGGUUAUUGGCCUUAUAUAGUAGGUCUCUGCAUUCUUGUUUCAUCGGGAGAUAAUGAACAAAAUUAUGACCCAAAACUGUACUCUGUUCUUAAAGCCGUAUCAAGCGUUCUGUUUGAAUUAACUUUAUGUCUCAACCCAAUUUUGUACGCUUUUCGAAGUUCAAGCUACCAACAAGAGUUUAAACGCCUACUGAUAUGCAAGAAACCGACACCGAACAAUGAUAUUGAGAUGGGGUAAGAGAGAAGAAGAGAAGAACACCUUUAAACUAUUUCUCUUCGCGUAGUUCAUAUCUUUGUGAUUUUAUUCUAAGUAGUGGUAGUUAUCAUAAUUUUUUCACUGCAAUAAACUGUAAUAAAUUUUGCUCAUGAUAAAAACUUCAUAUCACUAGUAUUAUAUAACAUUAUAUAGUAAAUCGACUGCAUGUCCCAUCAUCAUCGUUGUCAUCGUUGGUGUUAUUCAUUUAUAGAAUGUGAAAGUAAAUUACAGAAGCAAAAACGAAAAACAUACCAUGAGAUUAUUUACCUUCUACUGACUUUUUUUUAUCCUGCUUUCAAUAUGGGAAAGGUACAGGUAAUCUAGCUAAUGCAUUUUUAAUAAUUCUCAGUGUUAGGGAGGAAUAAAUUCCAAUUUGGGUUUUGUUUUUCGCAUUGACCAUUGUUACCCGUCAAAGCCGUAACGACAAGAAAGACACUUUUGUACUGGUCGACAGUGAAAUAGCAAACGAGAGUUCAAUAACAAUGAUAAUGCAAUGAAAUAGAAGAAGUAACAGCAUGCUUUUAGGCAGAAAUAGUGCAGGUAGGAUUAUGGGCACUUCUUUGUGAAGGCGUAGGAACAUUCUCCCUUUAAUGUCACAGUUUUGUGGCUAUUGUAAGGCCCGAGCCAAUUAGUAGAAUGGUUGCAGCAACUCGGGGAUCAUUGGUGACUUUUUUAAUUCAAGGCAUGGAUGUGAACAGCCACUUUUUCCAUUACUGACAUGGGGUGACCGUAUUUAUACGAGGAGUCAUAAUAGUAGUUGUGGUAUAGUCAAGUGGUCCUACUUCCCACGCCCUGCCGUCUCUGUUUAUCUUCGGGUCUAAAACCAAGCCUUCCCACAAUGUCUGUAGAUCAAACAAGAAGUGUCAUUUCCCAAACUAUGAUUUCGUCUUUUGAGUUUGAUUUCCCCCAAAACACCCCACGGGGCCCUCACUGAAGGAUAAUACACUGUCCGCUUAACAAGUAUCCACAUUCAAAUUUUUCGGACUGAUCUCCAUACAUUUCCUUGAAAAAUAAGUUGAGAAAAAUUUUUUUAGAAAGAUCAAAGCAGGACUGUGGGUUGGGUUAUAUGCAUGGUUAAUUAGUUGGAAGAGACGACCUGACCGAAAACAGUCCGGUGUAUAAUUAUAGACACAUUAAUCAUAAGUUAAUAAUAACUAAGGCGUCUAUUAGUAUUAAAAGAAUGACGCUGGUAACUGGGCAGGAAGAUAAUAUUUGCAGUAUGGAGAAAAUUAUUUGUUAGUAUGCAGAAAAGUUGUUGUGCCGAAAUAAAGGGAAGGGAAUUAAGAUACCGUAAAAUUCAGAAAAUAAGCCCCGUGGCUUCUAUUUUUUAAAGGCCCUUUUUGAGGGGCUUAUAUUCGGAGGGAAUGUACGGAGGGAAAUUUGCGUUUCAAAGUCGAUUAGACUAGCUUAUAGUCGGAAGGAAUUUACCGUUUUGUCUUUGUUUUACCUUGUAUUUGAGGGCACUGUUUUCAAGUACGAGCCCCGGGGGGGCUUAUAUUUGGAGGGGCCAUUUAACGAAACGUGUUUUGCGUUACAGGUUUGAGGGGCUUACAUUUAAAGGGGCUUAUACAUGGAGGGGCUUUUUUUCGGAAUUUUACGGUAUAGGGAGGACCAAAGACAGGUGUAUGGCUAUUUAUAACUGACUUCAUAACGCGCUUUUAAUUAUGAAUUGUAGUCCUUACUAUGUGAGACGUCCAUGCAAUAGAUCGUUUUCAGUCACGUGGUCAGCAGCUUUGCAAAUUGCUUGGAAUAAUAGAAAGUUUUAAUAUGUAGAAAGUUCAAUUCCCACAAGACUGUUUUUGUACACAAAACAUGGCCUCCGAUUCAUUGUUUUGUACACAAAUAUGGCCGCCUUGACGUCAUGUAAAAACGAUCUAUUGGUGGUCAAUUAUUUAACAGCAUGGUCCAAUGGUAUUAAUGGAUAUAUUUCACAAUUAUUCCUCGAGCCCGAAUUGGCUCUGAGUCAAUAGCCCAUGAGCCCGAAGACCGAAUGGGCUAUUAACUUAGAGGCCAUGAGGGUGAGAGGAAUAAUUGUUUAAGUAAAAUCCAACUAGGUGGUCAAAAAUAUCGAGAAUAAAAUUUUUUUAGCCAGUUAAAGCUAGACUUUAAUCCUCUUUUGCCGCCAAAAAGCCAGCGCUUUUCGCUAUUAGUGUGCUAUAACAUAUAGCCUAGUAGUAGCUCAACCAAUCAGAACGCAGCUUGAUAAUAGACCACUGGUUGGAUUUUACUAAUUGACAUUAUCUUAGUGAUAAUGUGAACCACCUCAAUUUGUCGUCCGUCUACUAACUGAUAUGCGUGUAAUGAAUAUUUUUUUUUAUAACUAACAAGACCGAUAACUCUUGUGAACAAUUUCUUUGAACAAAUUUCGAAACACACACACACACACACACACAAAAGCAAAACCUGAAGCAUUAAUCAUGGUCGAAACCGAUAGCCUAAGUUUUGUCUUGUCUUGCUGUUCCAUACCAUUUUACAUCAGUGGACUCAUCGGAAAUGUGUUGGUCAUUCGAAUCGUACACAAAACAAGGGAGAUGCACACCCCUACAAAUUAUCUUUUAGCUAGCAUGGCCGUUAGUGAUGUCUUCACCAUAAUGAUGUUUGCUGCUUACAGGUUUGUCUUAAGUCAACAUAUACUUGAUGAAAAAAACGGGAACUUGGUUUGCAAGGCAGCGGUCCUCAUUACAACGUUCGCAAUAGUUUCUGCCAUUACUCUUACUGUGCUAGCCGUAGAAAGAUACAACGCUUUGCUCAAGCCUUUAAGAACGGGAUUACGCUUAAAUAAAGACAAUGUUAAAAAGGCCAUCGCUCUACUUUGGGUGACAAGUGUUCUCGUAUCCUUCCCGUCUGUCUUCUUUCAAGAAUUCGAACCCGUCGUUCCAUAUGUGUUGGUCCACGGGAUUCAAAUAUUGAUCUAGCGUUGAAGAUAUACUUGAUUUUACAUACCGCCAUGUUUUUAAUACAAUCGGUGGUCAUGGUAUUUUGCUAUCGUUCCUUGAUCAGAGAUCUCUACUUCACCAACACAGUUUGCCAAGAAACUGAAACCACUGAUGGCGAGAGAAGCUCGGAGAAGAAAAAACUUGUUACUACAUUCCUUCUAGCGACUGUCGGGUUUUUGAUCGGUUAUGUACCUUCCAUGGCCUUCUACACAGUUGUUGCAUUUCAAACCAACGCGAAUAUAGGUAUGAGCCUCUUCUCUGACCUCGAGAAUGCGUUUCAGUUUUUUGUUUGGCUGCAGUCUAUGUUUACGCUUUUCGAAGUGCCCGUUUUAGGGAGGGAUUCAGACGGGUUCUAACAAGUUGUCGGAACCCAACAUCACAGGAUGACGACAUUCAGUGAUUCAGAUCCUUUUUUUUAAAGUCCCUAUGUGAAGUCCAAGAAAAGAUGAGGUCCGAGAACUUCGCAGCAACACAAACAAUAGGACUUGACAAUGCUGAAUAACAUAUUCAAAUGAUCAUGAUGCCGAUUUUUCUGUUUGUUCCUGUUCUUAUUUGUGCACUUCAUUCUGGGACGAUCCUUGCAGUUUGGAGAAAACCAGAGAAAAAAUUAAGUGAUCAUAGAAAACCAUAGGUUCUUCUGCUUUCAUAGAUCGAGAGAUAAGUAGAUUGAUAAAACCUCCGCUUUUAUGUACAUAAAGGUAAAGCUUCGCCAGUUCGAGAUACAAUAGUCAGUGACGAUACUCCAAGCCCCGUUAGUGAUGUCUACGACCCAGCGCUGAAAUCCUUGUUCUGAGCCGCUAACGGACUCAAUGAAUUACCACAAAUGCAUUUCGAGUUUCCCUUCAACCUGAUUGGGAAGUAUGACAAUGGUAUUUUGAUUUUGUAAAGUCCAAUCAUGGCGCAUACUCAAACCCGAAAGGGAGAGGGGGGAGGGGGGGGUUGGGGGAGCAGGACAAGGAUUUCGCACCCCUACAAAUUAUCUUUUAGCUAGCAUGGCCGUUAGUGAUGUCUUCACCAUAAUAAUGAUUGCAGCUUACAGGUUUGCCUUCAGUCAACAUGUACUUGAUGAAAAUUUCGGGCACUUGGUUUGCAAGGCAUCGGGCCUGAUUACAACCUUCAUUACAAUCUUCGCAAUAGUUUCUUCCGCUACUCUUACUGUGCUAGCCGUAGAAAGAUACAACGUUUCGCUCAAGCCUUUAAGAACGGGAUUGCAAUUAAGUGAAGACAAUAUAAAAAAAGGCCGUCGCUCUCAUUUGGGUGAUAAGUGUUUUUGUAUCCAUCCCGAAUGCCUUCUUUCAAGAAUUCGAUCGAAUCAAUCGCGUUCGCUCAGGAGUGUUAGCCAACGGGAUUCAAUUAUCCAUCUAUCGUGGUAGAUUCACUUGA